CCAAUACCAAGAUAAACGAAGAAUUAAAUAGAUAAAUUAGAGAAUAAAAUAGAUCAAACCGGUAUGCAAGACAAAUCUCGACCUCGACCUAUGGCAAUCUCGAGGUGUGAUAAUAGGAAUAGCAAAUGACAAAGCAACUCUGAUGAACAGUAAGUGAAUUAGCAAGAAAGUAAUGAUGUAUAUUUUCUUAGCAAUGAAUCAUGAUCGUUACAAAUGAAUGAGAUCCCCCUUUAUAUAAUAGGGGAGUCCUAAAUAAGGUACAGUUCUAAUUAAAGUAGGAAAUCAUAUUUGAUAACUGAUUAACCGCCGAGGAUCAGUCCACUCCGAAAUUCCGGUCCAUUGCCGGUAUCUCGCUCUUUCCGUUACUGAACUAUACCGACAUCAUCUCGAAAUAUGCCUUCUUCUAACCUCGAUAAGUGAUAUCGACCUCGACCUUGGAAAGAAACUUCGACCCCGAGUUCGAUUUCCUGGUCUUCCGACGUACUAUCACUUUUUCCAUCGAAGGACGAAAUCGGGUAGCCCCGAUUUCCACCGUAUACAGAUAUCCCCUUGUUUCUUAGAGUAAAACGAGAAGAAACGACUUGAGCCUCGAUUUUCUGGAGACCCCGAUAAUGACAUCAUUCCCGUGACAUAAGCGGUCGAGGUAAUCGAAAAGUCCCGUCGGUACAUUUCCCCAAACCAUUAAUACUUGCUAGUGACGGUCGGCCACUAGCAUCACCCAACCGUCGCCGUGAGCCUAUAGAUACCGGCUCUUUAUUUGAAUCAAAACUUUACUUCCAUCUUCACCAAGUUUUUCUAAGUCUUUUCCUCUCUCCAUCUCUUCUCUUUUACCAUCCGUUGAAUCAAUUACGUUAGUAUCAAAACACCAAUUUCGCCUCUUUCCGCUUUAUCCCAUCUAAAUCAAUGGCGAAAACUUCCAAAACCGUCCCACAAAAGGAGAGCUUCUUUUUCUUCUUCUUCCCGGCCCUUGUGUUCUAAAAGACGACUUCAAAGUCGAGAACCCUCCGUCGGUCCCCGUCCGAUGUUAUCACGUAUCAAGGCAUAUUUGCUCGAUAACGGUGAAACAGCUUGAGGCUGUGAAGAAGGACUGCAACUGGGGGCCGAGGUCGUGGUACAAAUCCCUACUCCGAAAGAAAGUAUUACCACUCACGUGGAGGGGUUUCUAAGUGUUUACACUUACCCCUUCACGUUGGGUCCUCUUGACCCAGUUGUCCUCUACUUUUGCAAGAUGUACCAGGUUACCCUCGGUCAGGUGCAUCCCUCGUUCUGGCGCAUAGUGAUCAUGCUCCACUUCUUCUCUAGCAAGGCCACGGGGUUGGAAUUCACUCUCAGCCACCUUAUACGGUUGUAUCGUCCUCGACUUUUCCGAGGAUUAAUCAAGCUCCAACGCCGAUCAACGAAGUCCUUUUUUGUAAGCAUCAAUAAAGACAAGGAUCGAGGUUGGAUGAGCCGAUUCGUGCAGGUAAGGACCUGCGACCUCAUCCCCAAGGAGAAACUGUCGUUCCCCGAGAAGUGGAACCCCAAACGUAAGUGAUUUUUUUUAUCUAUUAAUCUUCGUACUCCAUAUUUUGCUUUAUUUAAUGCCUUCAUCUAUUUCGCAGCGGUUGCUUGGAUGCCUCACGCGGUUCCCGACCUCGAAGACUGGGUUCGGAAGCUGGCUGCGACUUCCUCCCAUGCCGAGCGCUGCUGGCGUGACUUGGCAAGGGGCAGAUGGGAGGCCAAGAAUCAUGGUAAGUUUACCUAGUGAGAUUUUGGCGCCCUUUUCUUGUAACGUUUCUUUUCACUUAUACUCGAUUUCAUUUUGCGCAGGCCUCGGGGAUGUCGCUGAAAUGAGGCUGAAACCCACCUGGGGAAGAGGUGGCUCCCAAACCGGCCAAGGACAAGAAAGGAAAAGGGCCUCACCUUCCGAUACCCCAAAGCCUAAGAAGAGUAAGGCUCGUAAGCCGAAGGAUGACUUUGCCGCUCUACCUGUUGACGUAGACCAAAGGCUACGAGAUGUAGAAGAGGAGGGCGAAGAUGUUGGUUACGAGCUGGUGCCUCGAAAGAGGGGGAGCGUCAAAGCUUCAACAACGGCUGAGCCGGUGAUGGCCGAGGAAAAUAACCCUCGGACCGAGGAGAUCGCGGAAAGUACUCCGAGAAAAGCUCCCGAGUCAUCGGGGGUAAAAGAUGCUUCCUCCCGUGAUAAACAAAUGGCGAGUGUGCCCGAAGGGUCCGAUUCUAGGGCUCUUCGGAAGGGAGAGAGCGCCCCAAGUGACUCGCUUGGGGCAAUCAAUAUUGAUGAUUCGCCGCUCGACCUUGAAUUCUUUGAAGGGCAGUUUUGGGAGGCUCAGUCCUUGGAGACCCUCGAUGUGGGAACUACCCACGAUGGGGAAGACAUAUUCCGCGGCUGCCACGCGUGGGUCGAUGAUGUUUCCGACCUAGAUGCGACGAUCGUUUUUGGUGAGGCCCAUCGCCUCCUAAACCAGGAUGUGACACUUCAUCGGGAAGCAUUCACCAAAUACCAAGCCGAGCUGAGCCGGUGUGAGGACAAUCUCAAAAGGCUUACUGAGGAGAGAGACGCCCUCAAACGCGUCUAUGUGCAGAAAGAAGAGGAGCUCAAAGACCUUCGAGCUGAAUUGGCCCAGGCUCGUAAGGAAGAAGCCGAGCUAGAUAAGCAGUUAACUAACCUUUUGAAAGAGUACGGUCUCGACCCAACUGUGGAGGCUAAUACUUCAAUAUCUCAGUUGUAGCAAAACC